AUGUCUUUUUCUACUCAAAACCCUGACAUGUACGUAAUUGAGCAAAUUCUAGCUGACAAAGAUUCUUGACACAACAUCCAGCCAAUUAUUAUCAGCGAAUUCAAAGCUAUAGCAGAUUUUCUUAACCUACAAUCCAAAGCUAUCCAUGACCUAGAGCUUCAGUUAUCAAACAGAGUGACCAGGCAUGAGCUUUCAGCUGAGUUAGCUGAAAAAGCAAGCAUUUCAGAGCUAUCAUCUAAAUUUUCCCACGUCCAAAGCAUUUUUGAAGGAAGAAUCACAUUAAUUGACGAAAAAGUUAGCCUAAGUGAAGUACAAAAACUGCUAAUGAAUAAAGCAAGUUAUGAAGACGUCAAGUCAAUGAUUGAAGGAAAAGCUAAUAGCAGAGAAUUAAAGACAGAAAUUGAUAGAGUUUAUGAACAAGUGAACUUAGUUUAUAAAGAAAUCCAAACUGCGUUAUUGGAAGUACCACAAAUGCAAGAUUUUCAGAAUUUAUCUGAUGAAGUCAAAGCAAAACUAGAAAAAAAUGAGGUAGAAAAAAUUGUGACGGAGGAGAUUCAGACAAUUUUUAAUGAAGUAGUCCAUAUGCAAGAUUUCCAAAAAUUAGCUGGAGAUAUUAAAGAAGAAAUUAAACAAGUUGAGGAUAUAAUAAAUGAUGAAACCAAAAGAAUUGAAGAAACCAUUAGUAAAAACACUGAAGAAAUCCUAAAUAAAGCACUCAAGAAAAAAGCUGAAAAAUCAGAUUUACAAAAAAAAGCUGACUCAGCCGAUAUAAAAACAUUAUUAACAGCAAUAGAAAGUAAAGCAGACUCCACAUGAUUUGAACAACUUAGCGAAAAAAUAUCAAAAAUCGAAAAAAAUGAGCUAACCUUCAAAAAGCGUAUUGAAAACCAAUGCAAAGACAUGCUGGCAGAAUUCACCAAAGCAUCCACAUCAAGCUUAGAUCUCCAAUUUUCUAAACAUAUAGAAAACGUAGACAGAUACAUUGCAGAACUAACCACAGAAAUCCAAAAAGUCAGAAUAAGCACCCUCCCAAAUGCUCCAUCUUUGGAGCUAGUUAAAUCAGAGCUCAGCACAAAAGCUGACUCCAAAAAAGUAGAAUUAACAUUGCAAGACUUAAGAAACGAAACAAUAGAGAUGAUAAAUUCAUUUCGAAGCGAAAACAACCUAGAUCGGGCACAUAUAAAAGAUUUUAUAAUGCAAAAAACACAAGAAGAUGAUAAAAAUGAAAAAAUAUUUCAAGAAGAGCUAGAAUUUUUAAGAGGGGAAAUACAAAAUAUGAAAAAAUUCCACGAAAAAAAUUGGGAAUCCUUUAGGAACUGGGAAAGAAAUAAAAAUGAUAUAAAUGCUGAUAUAAGAGACACAGUCGAAAAAUUAAUGAAAUUCAGGGAUAUUCUAGAAAUGAAAAUAGACCGAAAAGAAUUUGAUGAAUUUAGUCAAAAUAUUAUAAAAUAUCUAGACCACAAAGCUGACAUAAACGAAGUUGAAGGAAUUCUGCAAGGAAAAAAUAAACAAUUAAUAGGGAUUAUACAAGAUCUGAAAGAGGACAUAAAAAUUAAAUAUGGCUCUUUGCAAAAUGAAACCCUUGAAAAGGCUAGAAAUUUAAUUAGAAGAAGUUAUGAAGAAAAAGAUUUUGAACAAAUGCUGAGCGAAAGGGUAAGGUAUAAAGACUUUGAUGUGCUAGCUAAACAAAUUGAUGAAUUAAGACAAGAAAUUAAGAAUAUUAAUGAUAGUACUCUUUUUGACGAAUUAAAAGACCAAAUUAAGCUAUUAAAUGAUCAAAUUUCACAAAAAGCUCCUAUAGAGAUAUGCAAACUUAUUGACUCUAAGCCAAGUAUCGAUAAUAUCAAUGAAACUUUAUUGUCAAUUCAUAAUGAAAUUGAUACAAAAUUGCCUUCUGAAGAUUUUUCGAACUUUAUAGAAGACCAAAAUAUCAUUAUAAAUACCCUUUGCUCAGAAAUUUGUCUUGGCAGGUGGCUGUGAAAGUCUGGGAAACUCAAAAAAACUCAUUUUAUCCCUUGGGAGGUACAAAGCAUAAAUACGAAUCCUCAGCUAUUUUUGUGGGAGGAAGAAAGGAUUUAUAUUGGAGUUGAGGAUUCUGGGGUUUAUGAGUUCACAGUAGGUGUAUAUUCAGAAGAGCAAGCAAAUAUUCAGCUAAUAUUGAAUGGAGAGCCAAUUAUUACUUCUACGAAUGGAAAAGGAGUUGUUAAGGAGUAUAAUAAAUGUGUAGGAUUCUCUUUUGUUGAAUUUUUAUCAUUACCUAGAAAAAGCAGGCUAAGUUUGUCUUAUUCUGGAGAUUCUAAAGGAGAGGGAUUUAUAGGAUUAAGGAAGCUAUAA